UUGUAAAUUUAGUUGUGACGAAUUAUGGCCUGGAAGUGGUAACCAAACAAUCCUAGCACGUUGCCGUUGGUAUCAAACGGCCCUGGUAGGUUGCAUUGGAGUAUUAUUAUUCGCUCUUCUGCCCCGCGGCGCCUAUUAAUUGUUUGUAGUUUUGCUACACAUGGAUCCUCCAAUCAUAGAGCCCGCCCGGCCUUGCACUCGCACCGUCGUCGGAGACUACAGUCUACAAGAGUCAUGUGAAGAGACACUAGCGACGAGUGAGGCGGUGUGAGGGUGAUCGAUCGUGCGAGCUGUAACGUCUCGAUCGUCAUCUCUCCCUUUCGCGCCAUCAAUCUUUUGCCUCCUCACUGCAAAUCGGGCUCGCAUUCCUCUUCCUCCUCUCAACCAGAUUCAGAUAUUCGCCCGGGGUCACUCUUGUCGCAAGUGGAAGGAAAGCCAUGUCGUCCGCCGCCGCGGACGCAGCCAGCGGCAAGGAGGCACCGGCGUGCGAAUCCUGCACAAGCCUGCCGGCGGUGGUUUACUGCCGGGCCGACUCCGCGAGGCUGUGCCUGCCGUGCGACCGCCACGUGCACGGCGCCAACGCCGUGUCCACCCGCCACGUCCGGGCGCCGCUCUGCUCCGGCUGCCGCGCCACCGCCACCGUCACCGCAGGCGGCGGCACCUUCCUCUGCGCCAACUGCCACUUUGGGUCGGAGGAGGAGGAGGGGCGACACCGGGACGGCGACGAUCCGCAGCCUCUCCACCAUGACCGUGCAGCCGUGGAAGGGUACGUCGGGUGCCCAUCGAUCGCCGAGCUCGCGGCCAUCCUCGGCGUCGCCGGGUACGACGAGAAGGCGGCGGCGGCCGGGAACGGAGGGUGGUGGCCUGCCUCCGCCUGGGAGGAUCCCCAGGUGCUCCGCUUGGAGGACGUGAUCGUUCCCACCACCUCUUGCCAUGGCCUCCAGCCGCUCCUCACGCCGCCGUCCCCAGAGAACCGGAGCUCCGGCGGUGAGAUGGCCGACGAGGUUGUCCGGCAGCUGGGGGAGCUCGCCAAGUUGGAGGCGACUGUGGCGGCGGCUUACGCGGAGAUGGAGCCGGCUGACGGCGAGCAGCUGCCUCCGUGGGCGUCGCCGGAGCUUGCCAUUGGACACGCCGACUUCGGGGCUCUCGACGCUGGCGCCGCCUGGCAUGAUGCAGCAACCAUCGCAGCAGUGCCUUCCACUGAGGAGCAGGAAGCGUGGAUCGCGGCCGGCUGCGACGUCGACGCGGCGGGCCGGACGGACGAGGAGGCGCGCGAGCACGCUGCUCUGGCUCCGGCGCCGGCCGAGCCGUGCCUGUCCUCGUUCGUGGAGAUGUCAGAGAUCUGCCCCGGCAGCGUCGUCACCCUCAGCCACGGCGGGGUUGGUGGCGGCGGCACCGCCGACGUCGACAACAGCGGGAAGACAGACGCGGAGACAGCCCCGCGGCCGCAGCUGGCGCCGACGGCGCCGGUGCUGGUGGCGGUGCCAGUGCCGGUGACGGAGAAGAUGGGCGGGUACGACGUGGCGUACCCCGACCGCGGCACGGUGAUCUCGCGCUACAAGGAGAAGCGGAAGAACAGGAGGUUCGACAAGCAGAUCCGGUACGAGUCGCGCAAGGCGCGCGCCGACGGCCGAAUGCGGAUCAAGGGGAGGUUCGCCAAGUCCGGCGGCGAGGUCUGAGACGCGCGCACGCAUGCGGCGCUCACUCUCGAUCGGUCGUACGUCGUCGACGGCAACAACGAACGCCUAGUGACCGGCCGGAGCAGGGGACCGCGACACAGCGCGGCAUGUGUUUCUCGUUGGUUGUUUGGUUGGUGUCGCCGGUCACGAGCACGCACUGUGCUUCCGUGCAGCUGAAAUAAAUAAAUAAAUAAAUAAUAAAUCAACUACUCGUGCUGCA